CAGCUUAGUACAGGGAGUGCGGGGCGCGGCAAUGGGCGGCGCGGGCGCAUGUUGGCGAUCUCUGACGUCUUGUGGGCGGCACAUUCACUGUUCGCCGGCUCGCGUACCGACGCGCACGUAUGAAGACCGAAGAGCAAACCACCGAAGAGGCGGCGCGCCGAGCGCCUGCCACACGCCGCCAAGAAAAGCCACCAUAUUCCUACAUAGCCCUUAUCGUCAUGGCUAUACGACAUUCACCAAAUAAGCGUCUAACGCUAAGCGAAAUUUAUGCCUUUCUACAGCAGCAAUUUCCUUUUUUUCGUAGCUCUUAUCAAGGCUGGAAGAAUUCGGUUCGGCACAAUCUUAGCCUUAAUGAGUGCUUUGUCAAGCUUCCAAAGGGUCUGGGGAGACCAGGAAAAGGCCAUUACUGGACAAUCGAUCCUUCAUCGGAGUUCAUGUUUGAGGAAGGUUCUUUUAGGCGACGUCCUCGCGGCUUUAGACGCAAAUGUCAGGCUCUGAAACCACAAUUUGGAGGAGGCGGUUAUUUAUGCGGCACUGGGGCUGGUGCACUUCCUCCAACACAACCUGCAAAUUAUGAGUUGGCCAGCGGUAGUGGUCCAAGCGCAAGUACUACAACAUCUGUCGAUUAUGGCGCCUGUGCAUAUCCUCAUUCGAGUGCCAGCCAGCAACUUACCUAUGGAGGAGAAUAUUGUACCUACGGUGGUAUGAGUGAUCGUGAGUGGCCUUUAGCGUAUGGACCAGUGGAGUCAGCAUAUCGACCACCUCCGCCGUCGCCAACAUCAAGACAUGAUCUGCCGGACCUCAUACCAAACUAUCAAUAUGCCGUCGCCAAUGAUCACGGUGCUGCGUCAAUGUUUGCCGGAAUGCGUGGUAUGCACGGUCAGAUGCUUUCUGGCGGAUCUCUAGGGGGCUCUUCCAUAAGCACUUUAGGUGGCUUCGGUCACCAUCUGCCUUCAUCAUUGCCGCUACCCCCCGAACGUAAGCCCCCCACCCCGUUGCCAGCAUUGCCGCCAACAACAGCCAUCACCUCCUCUACAGGGACGCCAACGACAUCGACACCAGUACAUUCAUAUUACAAUCACAUUAUGUAAAUAUGUGAUUUAUUUUUUAUGUUGAAAUGAAUGGACCUCAAGAAAUUACAACACUGGACAAAGAAGAAAUAAAGAAUAUAUAUAUUCUAUCAAAUAUGGAAUUGGUUUUUUGUAAGGGAGUAAUCUAAAGUUGAUUUUUUCAAAAUAUAAUAUACGUGUAUUUAUUUAAUCGAAGUCUGCACCAUAACUGUUUAUUAUAUACUUUUGCAAUCUCAUUGGAAGUUCAUUGAUCCCUUUACUAAAAAACCAUUCGGAUGGGUCUCAAUAAAACCUUUGAAGCACUUUUGGACUGCCUUAUCGGAGUUGAAUUUUUUCCCUUGCAAGAACUUAUCCGAAUUUCAAAAGAAAUGGUAAUCUGUUGAACAAGGUCCGGGUAAAAGUACGGUGGAAUUACGGUGGAUGUACAUUCUAAUUGAAGCACUUCUAAUUGUCUGUUGUGUAGUGUGUGGUCUAGCGUUGUCCUGAAGUAUUAGAGGGCUACGGCGAUUGAACAGCCCCGAUUGUUUAUCGGCUAGAUUUUCAAUCAUGGUUUGCAAUUGCUGACAAUACAAAUCUGCCACGAUCGUCUGAUCAGAUUACAAAAAGCUGAAGUGAACAACAUCGGUACUAGUCCACCAAAUGCUCACGGUACAAGUAACUUUUUUGUUUUGACAAGUAACUUUUGGUUUUUGAAAAACAAAUUAUUAAACAGCUGUAUAAAUUUGAAAUUGGAGUUCCUAACCAAAGAGGCCAAAUUUGAGAUCAAAGUGGCAAGUACGACAAAACGCCAUUUUGAUACGUAAUGAUCUUAAAUAAUACGUAAAAAAAACAAAACCGAUAAAUAUAAAUAAACUUUCGUACCUAAUUUUUUAAAUACAAAAUAAUUUUCUAAUUAAGUUCUUUUUUAGGUUUUAUAACAACCCAUAAAGUUUAACCUAGAAAGGUGUUACUUUGAAAGACAAUAUUCAUUAUAUUUAAUCAUUUGUAUUUCCUCGAUAGGGUUUCGAAAUUUAAAUAGAAUUUUAUUAUAUAACUUUAUUAUUCCGUAAGUUUUUUAUAUUUUAAAAUUAAUAACAUCCUAUUACUAAGAAUGUCGCCUUUGAAAAAAUAUUUUAGAAAUGAUUACUACUAUUUAAAUAUAUCUAACUAGAUUAAACUUUUGAAUACCAUAUAAAAUUAUCUAUUCAUCACUUCAUUUAAACAUUAAAACUACAUGGAAUACAAUGAUAAGCCAAAUCUGUGAACAUAGGUUAAACGUUCCACUAACAACCUAGAAUAUGAUGAGACUAACUAAAUUACGAUAAGAUAAAAUUGUACCAAAUAGUAUUGUAGCGAUAAGUUGUUUCUUUUAAUAAAUUACUUCAUCCAAAAAUAUUAUUGUAAGAUUAUUUAUUUUUCACGUA